GGUCCUCUUUCUGUCAUCCCCAGCCAGGCUUAGCUGCUGACAGCUGCUUGGGACUCUGCCGCCAGGCCCUUGGCUGGCUUGGCAACCUCUCCACUUCUCGGUCACAGUUCCUCCAUGGCUCAGAAAGAAGAGGCCGCUGAGGCCGCAGCCCCAGCCUCUCAGAAUGGAGAUGAUUUGGAGAACCUAGAAGACCCUGAGAAGCUGAAGGAGCUGAUCGAUCUGCCGCCCUUCGAGAUUGUCACUGGGGUACGGCUGCCGGUCAACUUCUUUAAGUUUCAGUUCCGGAAUGUGGAAUACAGUUCUGGGAGGAAUAAGACCUUUCUCUGCUAUGUGGUCGAAGCACAGAGCAAGGGAGGCCAAGUGCAGGCAACGCAGGGCUACCUGGAGGAUGAACAUGCCGGUGCCCAUGCUGAGGAGGCUUUCUUUAACACCAUCCUGCCAGCUUUCGACCCGGCCCUGAAGUAUAAUGUCACCUGGUAUGUGUCCUCCAGCCCUUGUGCAGCCUGCGCUGACCGAAUUCUCAAAACCCUCAGCAAGACCAAGAACCUGCGUCUGCUCAUCCAGGUGAGCCGGCUCUUCAUGUGGGAGGAGCCAGAGGUCCAGGCUGCUCUGAAAAAGCUGAAGGAGGCCGGCUGCAAACUUCGCAUCAUGAAACCCCAGGACUUCGAGUACAUCUGGCAGAAUUUUGUGGAGCAAGAAGAGGGUGAAUCCAAGGCCUUUGAGCCGUGGGAGGACAUUCAGGAGAACUUCCUAUACUAUGAGGAGAAGUUGGCAGACAUCCUGAAGUAGGCGACAGAGCUCAGCCUUCCGUCUGCCGGCCGCCACUCAGAGCAGUGACGAGGAUGGCAUCUGGGACAUGCCUGGCUUCCCAAUUCUACUUGGAGUUGGACAUCUGACAUCAACCAAUUGCAUUGGACAAGCCCCUCCCUCAGAGAACUCAGAAGGCACCUCAGGCCGCACCCCAGGCCGCCAUUCAUUCAGCUAUGCCUUUUGUAAUACGGCUAUUGGAAGAAAGAAAAAUGAAGACAAGAAAAUAACUGUAUGUGAUGUGAGCAGCAGGUACCUGGGGGUGGAGGGUCUUAUUGCCUCUCCAGGGGUGCUGCCUGACACAAAGAUCCUCAGAUUCAAGGUACAGACCUUUAAAAUGCAUC